AUGGCCAGCAGAAAGGAUUUCUGUCUCCGUGAAUGGGCGCCGCUUACCGAGAUAAUGGACCUUAUACCUGCAGCUCGGCGCGGCUUUUUCCCAUCGAAUCUUAAUGUAACUUGCGUCGAUGCCGUUGAGGAUUUCCUAGCGCUGGGAAGUGACGCGGGAAUUGUCUUUUGGUAUAAUCGUUCUUCGGGCGAAAUGCAGAAGCUCAAAGCUGAGGUAUCCACGCGAAUAACAUGCGUUAAGAUAGUUAAUUCGGUGGAGUAUAUGGUAGCAGCUGGAAGUGCUAAUGGUCAAGUUAGCGUUUUUCAAAUUCAAAAAGAGCUGCCGCCCGACUUGGACCUGGUGGCACCUUGCACACGCAGCAAACCCAUCGAACGCUACACAAUACGGGAUUUGCAUCGCUGCGUAGUCAGUUGUUGUGAGUGGUCCAAAAAUGGCAUGAAAUUGUAUUCGGGUGAUCGACAGGGCGUCGUAGUGCUCACCGAAUUCGACUACCAAGCGCACCUGAGCAAAUCGUUGGAAAUCCUUAGCGAAGCUUAUGAGAUUGUUCAACUGAGUGUGCACCAGAGCUAUUUGCUCGUGGCGACACUUUAUCGUUGCAUAGUUUGCCGGCGUGAUACCAAGACCCACACUUGGCAAAUUACACAAGUGGGCAAGAAGGAUCGUAAGCAGCUAAUCGAUUGUGGAGGAGUCUUCCUUAAGCAAACAGCAACGAAUGACAAUUUGCCACAAAUCAUUUGUGGACGACCCGGACUGCGUUUCUGGAUUGCCGAUGCCAUUGGCAGUGUAUCGAAGACCAUCAUCUUUAACGAAGCCGUCUUGAACAAUCCCACCUGGGAGAUACCUCUACUGAAUCCCAAGCAACGUAGUCAGUCAAAAGCAGCUCCAUCUGGCGCUCAAGCCAGCAGCAGCUGCAGUGAUGCAUUUGUAGCCAGCAAAAACUUUCGUGAGCUGGAUUUGUAUGACGGACACGAUUCGCUAGUUGUUACCCAUGACGAUGUUGCUUUGUACAUUUUAAAUCUCGAGCGCCUCAAAGUCGAGGCAGUGGCGCGAGGUUUUCGAAAAAUCAUUGACUAUUGUGUUUGCGGCAAGGAGAUUUUUGUGCUCGAAGGUGAGCGUUCCCUAUUGCGUCUGGCGCCUUUUCCUGAGCGACCCAAUAAAACAACUACGGUGAUUUUCAAUCCACUACUACCGCCCCCUCUGCCCAUGGCGGGAUCCUCUCAAUAUUCCAAACUGGAUGUGGAGUCGCCGGUGGAGCUGGAAGCGGGGUUAAAUUCAGCAGAGGAAUGCUUUGAGUUACCACCGAUUGAAAAGCUGGACUUGAAUGUGCCCAUUGAGCUGGCAGUGGAGUCGCCAUUGGCGCAACAAAAUCGCCGUUUGGAAAUCUUUCGACGUAUUGGAGAAAUGGAUUUUGAGCAGUCCAUAGUAUACACUAGUGGGACGUUGGGCAACAAAAAGCGAAAACUUCCGGUGGGCGAGCAGAACGUUGCUGCGGGAGGAAUCGUUGAAAUCGGACAGGAGACGCAUGAGCACAAGUUGCCACAGACUAGUGCAGCGACACUAAUGGAAGUUAGUUAUUGUCAAAUGGAAAACAACGGCCUGGUCUCGCCGGUGGACCUCAGAGCAGCUUUCAUGCAGCAGCUGCCCGAUGCGAUGACUCCUACGACGUUACAGAGAACCGUUGCGGAAAAAGCGAAAACGCUGGCAGACGAGCUGGACUUGCCGGAAGUGCAUUUGGGGCCAGCCAGUGCUGAGGAGUUGCAGGCGGCACGAACACCUCAGCUAGUGGGUUCAUUGAUCAACUGUUAUCCCUCUAGACUAGAGGAGGUCAGUGUACAGACGUCGCCGCGCAAAAAGCUCGUCAUGAAUGAUACCACCGACUACAGCGCCGGACAGCCUGUUGAUGGCAUUUGUGCAGGUUCCUCGAAACCGGCCUUGACAUUCGUUAAGACUCAGCCAAAGUCCACAUCAUCGCCCGAUAAGGAGUAUAACAGUUUUCUGCCUGAUUUUCGAUGCGCUGCCGAUCCAUUCCUAAAGAAGGAGGCGCCCGUAUCAGGCGAUUCCAAUACAUCCAGCGAAUGGGAGUUUUUGGAUAAUUAAGAUCUAUAGCCCAGUAUUAUUUAUAUAUUUCUUUAUUUAGUUUCAUUCGAAUUUAGUCUUAUGUUUUGUGUAAGUUUCGUGCACGCUUCUCUGUUAUCCGUAAUGUGUUGUGCUUAAAUUGUGAUUUUCAUAUGU